AUGGCUCCCGACCCAGCACCUCCCCUUCCCCUAGCCGCAAACCGCGCCGCCCUAUCAAACCGGAUAUCCCUCCUCCUCGCCUCCCAAUCCUCUGUCCUAAAGACCAUGAACCUCAGCAAACCAACCGCUCCCACAACCAAGCGCCGCACUACCAUACCAGAAAACGACAACGACGACGAUCUCGUGCGCGGCUCGCGACCGAAUGAAGGCGUGGGAUACGUCCCGGAUAAGAAGGAUGCGCAGAAACUUGGAAAUUCAAAGGAGGAGAGGAUGUUGAGAGGGAGGUUGGGGAGGGAUGGAAAGGUUGUUAAGAAGGGAAAGGUGGAGGAGAGCGAGAGUGAGGAUGAUGUUGGGAGGAGUGCGCUGGGGAAGAGGAAGAGGCCAAGAAGAGAGGUUGAACCUGAACCUAAACCUGAGCAAGAACCUGGGAAAGAAGGCGUUGAGGAGAAGAGUGUCGAGGUCGAUGGCGACGUUAGCAUGAAAGACAGUGAAGCCAAGGAUGAGGCGCAAGCAGUGACACCAAGCGAUCAAGGUGCAAAGAAGCGCAAGAAGAAGAACAAGAAGAAGAAGCUCAAGGUCAAGAACGCAGAAGAGAAGUAG